AUGCUUCAUCCGAGCCAGUGGCAGGUCAACUUUGACCACUACCUCAACCCAUUCCUGAUACCACCGCCGACGAGGCUCCUGCCACGCAGUGCUCAGAGUCUCCUAGAACGCCAUAAGCGAUCACGACCGAAGUUAGGAAAUGUUGCUCUUGGGUUCUGGGCCUUCAUCGGGGCGCUGGUUUCGCUGUCCCUGAUAUCAAUCAUCGACAGACAAAUACCGGCCUUCGAGAAGGCCGGCUCACCACUCAUCAUCGGCAGCUUCGGUGCCGCGGCCGUCCUCGAGUUCUACGCCAUCGACUCGCCGCUCUCUCAGCCGCGCAAUGCCCUCUUCGGGCAGAUAGUCGGCAGCGUGAUCGCCGUGGCCAUGAACACGGCAUUUUCCCAGCUCUCAGAAGCCCGCUACCAGGAGCUUCGAUGGCUCGCUGGCGCUCUGUCAUGCUCUACCUCGAUAUUUGUCAUGUCCCUCACCGGGACUGUGCACCCACCGGCCGGCGCGACGGCACUGCUCGGGGUGACGGCUGACGAAGUGGCUCGCAUCGGAUGGCUGCUCGUACCCAUGGUCGUAUUGAGCACUACUGUCAUGUUCGUCGUAGCUUUCAUGGUCAACAAUAUCCAACGUCGGUUCCCGCUGUAUUGGUGGACACCCGAAGAAGUUGGCUCGUUUUGGGCUCGGAGGCGCGAGGAAAAGGCGGCGAAAACAGCGGACCCCGAGGCUGCAAAAGACCACAAUGGAAGCGAAGGCUCGACGGACCUUGAGCCUUGGAGGACGACUUCUCAUGAGGCGGAGUACACGCUGGUGGUGACGAGACACGGCAUCCAGGUACCGCCGAACCUGGACCUGCUCCCGGAGGAGAGGGAGGAUUGCCGGGCUGAGGACGAGUCCUUACUCUGUCCGGAUAUUACGGGUCCCCCCUCCCUGCAGCUGGCUCCCCCGGCGAGCUGGGUCCACACUCCGCAUUCUGGCCUCCUGGCGCGCCAAUCUGCGAGUCAACCCAGAGGAAGCCACGAGGAGCUGCUCCCAGAACCUGCUGCUGGCACGGAGCGGGUAGCAGCAAACCGGACGCGCCCCUCAUGUCUCCGGUGCCUCAAGUCCGGAUACGCCUGCAAGGGCUACGACCUCGGCCUGCGCAUGCAAUCCCUCGUCGUCGUAACCGAACCAGAAGGCUCGCAGAGGCUAGCCCGCAUCGUAGCACCGCCAACAGCCCCUGCAUCAACGACCCUAUCGGCAGCGCCAGCCCCUCCGCCCCUACACCAGCUCCGGCGUGGCCUCGCCCGGGCGCAGGGCCGCCGUGGGGGCAGCACCGACGAUGAUGACGACGACGACAGCGUGGGCGGGUACAAGGUGCUCCUGGGCGGCGCAGCGCUCGAGCACCGGCAGCAGCAGCAACAGGCUCGGCGCCGGCUCGACCCGCCCCCAGAGAUGAACCUGACCGCGUUUCAGGAGCACAUGGCCUUCAGUUACUUCUUCGCGACGUACGGCUGGGCAUACUUCUGGAAGCCCUUCCUCCACCUCGCCAGGGAGACGGACCUUGCCCCCUCGGCGAGCCGCAUGUGCAGCCUGGCCCUGGCCUACGGGCAUAUGGGCACCAACCAUGCCGACAAGAGCCUCAAGUCCACCGGCCUCGAGCUCUACGGCCGCAGUCUGAGGGAGGUCCAGUCCCUACUGACACGAGGCACAGGGGCUAAGACCGAGCUGGCCCAGUUAUGCGUGCCCAUAGUCAUACUCGGCAUGUACUCUUUUGCCAUCGACCGCGACCUGCGGUUGAUACACAAUAUCGGCGUGGCCCAGAUCUUGAAGCACUGCGGCCCAGAGACUUUCCAGGAGGAUCCUUUGCUGACCGCCUUCAGGUCCUGCAGGGCCCUACUUAUAUGCCAGUCGUUCGCAAUACGUCGGAGGACUUUCCUGGAGGACAGCAAAUGGAAGACUGUACCUUGGGAGAAGCUGCCCAAGACGGCGCUUGACAGCCUCAUCGACAUCAUGGCCGACAUGCCAGGCCUGGUGAAUGAUAUGGCCGCUUCGGAACAGCCAAUAUCUCCCACCACCAGGGCCUCUUUCCACGAGAGGGUCGAUUGGCUGAGGGAAGCGCUGGCGACCUGGAGGUGGAACUGGAACCGCUCGUACCCCGAUGUGGCCCGCGAGGUCCCGUCCAACCUAAAGCUCGACAGCAUCGAGACGCCCGUCUUCAGGGAGCAGCUCGCCACCAUGAUCGAGUUCGACACCACCCAGCAGGCCCUGGAGAUGCUGACAUACAACGCGGCCCUCCUCUACCUCCUGCAGCUGGAGGACCUCCUGGAGAUGGGCGAGCCGCACAACCCGGCCCGCCUGUCGGCCUUCGACAUGGACUACAUCCGCCACGCGGGCGACAGCCACCCGGCGACGCCGCUGCUGCUCCCGGACGAGGCCAGGUUCAUCUGCCAGCCGGCCCUCGAGGCGUUCCGGCUGAUCCCGUCGCUGUACAAUAACCUGGUGACGACCAAGGACCGCAUCAUGGUCAUCCUCGCCCCGCUGGGCAUCGUCUACACCUCGACGCGCAACACGCCCGAGCUCAACACGUGCAUGCAGUCCAUCCUCGAGGACAUCCCCUUCUUCCGCGGCGGCCCGCCCAUGGAGCUGGACCUGUACGAGCUCGCCCUCGGCGAGGCGUGGAAGUCCAAGUCCCCCGCGCCCAUCCCGGCCGGCACGAGCCCGACCGUGUCGGAAAGCUCGGUGGAGCUUGCUAUUUCCCCCUGA